AUGGCUUUAACAUAGCAGUGUGUAUUUAAUUUUAGCUGGAUGAAUGAAAAGGAAUUUUCAUGGAUAAAUCCUGUUGAAGGAAAUUUAAGUGUCGCACAUUGCUAGUUGUGCAAUACAAACAUUUCUUUAAGCAAUAUGGGCAGAGGAGCCCUAAAAAGUCAUAAGCUUAGUAAAAAACAUGCCACUAUUGAAAAUGCGAAAAACUUCAAUGCACCUUUAUUUCAAAAAGACGUAUUAUCAAUAACAGAUAAUAAUAACUCCAGCCCGAUAACAUUAACCUCGUCUACUGAACAUGAAAGCUUAAAUUCAUCUGAAACUAGUCUACUUACAACUCAACCGAGUACUUCAAUUGUUGAACCGCAAAAAUCGAGAGCAAUAGGAAUUAAAAGUUAUAUGGAUAAUAAAGACGAAGUGACAAAAGCAGAAAUAAUGUGGUGUUUAAAAUCAAUUGUAAACCAUAAUUCUUUACGAGAUAUAGAAAACAGCAUUUCUCUGAUGAAAAUUAUUUUUACUGACAGUGAAAUAGCAAAAAAAUUGAAGUUGAGUAAGGAUAAAGCAUCAUACGUCAUUAAUUAUGGACUUAGCAAUUAUUUUCAUAAUCAACUUGCUAAAGACUUAGAGACAUCUGAUUUGAUAGCAGUUUCGUUUGAUGAAUCUCUUAAUAAGAUGUAAAGGAGAAUGGUACAAUUUACCACUUCGUGGAAAGAAAUUAAUUAUACCUAUAAUACUCCGGG